AUGGUGAAAAAUCCAGUCGAAACCUACGACCGCAUUAUUUCCUGGCAGCAUCAUGUGUUGCGUAUAUUGGGACUAGAUUGGUACAGCCCCAACCACUCUGUCAGCGGGCUAACUGCGACCAUAAUGUCGAUGGCGCUCUUCUUUCAGUUCGUGUCCUUCUACGACUUGCUGGUGGUAUUUCGGAACGAUCUGUUCGGUAAAGCCUUCGUCAUGUCAACCAUCUGUUUCGGAUUCAUCGGCUGCAUGCGCAUUUUAGUUGGUCUUGCAAAUCGGCACAAGAUCCCAAAACUUUUGCAAAUGGCUCGUGCCACUUAUUCAGUCGGCGGGCGACAACGAGAGACUCGAGUCCUUAAAUGGUACACCGAGGUAUUUCGAAAGGUAGUUUUGCUAUAUUCGGGAACUUUUCUGGUCGGUUGCCUGGCUGCCAUAAUUUUUCCACUGUUGGUGCUGAUGUACAGUGGCCAAAAAAUACUACCGUUCGGAGUGUUCCUUCCGUACGUCGACCCAAAUACUGAUACAGGGUACGAGGUGAACUUUCUCUACCAAGUGAGCAGCAUCCUAUGGGCUCCGCCUGGAUUGACUGCCACGCAAAACAUGUUCUUCUCGCUGAUCAUCAACAUCUGCGUUCAGUACGAUCUGCUGCUGAUCCAGCUAGCCGAUCUAGAUGAGCUGAUUCACAGUAUUUUUGCUAUACUUGGGAAUUUUUCUGGUCGGUUGCCGGCCCGCCAUCAUCUUACAUGCGCCGGACUGAUGACCAUCGACAUGAAGCUUUUCAUGAGCGUGGUCAAGAAAGUUUACUCUCUCUUCAUGAUGCUAGAGAACAUGUAA